AAUGGUAUGCACAAAGGAGAAAGCAGUGAAGCAAGUGCAUCUGUGUUUGCCGUAAAGAAUAAGAUGGAGAUCAAAGAGCUUGUGUGCAGCCACUGUGGGAAAACAGGACAUGAGGUCGAGGCAUGCUACAAGCUGAUUGGGUACCCCGAAGGUUGGGUAUUUCGCGAUCAGGCCGGAAGAGGAAGAGGAAACGGUCGAGGAAGAGGCCGUGGGACUGCACGGGGCGGCGGACGGUCGACCGUCACGGGUGGACGAGGUGAAGCUCAUGCUGUCCAAGGAGAAGAAAAAGGACCAUCUCCACUGCCAAAUUUUGAGGACUUGACGCCAGAACAGUGGAAUGAUGUUCGUCACGCCCUCUCGCUCUCCCCGACAGACAACUCACCAAAACUCUCAGGUGAAACAUUAGAAGACGAUGGAUCAAGUAGUCCCGCUCCGGCUGAUCAUUAUGAUGAUGAUGAUGAAGUAAUGGCGGAGGAGCAGCUGGACCGUCCUCAGAGGAACGGUCAGCCGGAAGAAGGCGGAAAAGCAGCUGAGCUACCGGCGGUCGACCCGAUGGACUGUUCUGAUGUCCACGGUCGACCGUCAUCGAGGCAGAAAGGUGGAACCCUGGGAGAUCAGCCAACGGUCGACUCGGUGGACCGUUCGGAGAGACACAGUGGACCGUUCGAGGGGCAGAGAGACAGACUUCAGGGAGAUGCGGAAACGGUCGACCGUGAUGACAACAACGGUCGACCGUCCCCAAGGCAGAAAGGAGGCAGUGAGGAACCAUCAAAGACGGUCGACCCCGUGGACCGUUCCACGGAUGGCGAUCGACCGUCCUCAUCCCAGCAAACAACAGAAACCUUGGGGCGUGGUCAACGGGAAAGGAGGCCAAAUGACUCUACACUAUAUAUGUAACACAUGAAUGUAUAUGGACACACAGAAAUAAUACGAGUAAUUUUCCUCCUAAGCAAUCCUUUCAGUUUCUUAGAUAUGACUUCUCUAUCUUUGAGUAAGAGUAAGAUCAGCGUACACAUACCCUCAUCAGGCCUUACUCUUUGUGAGAUCAUACUGUGUUGCUGUGAAUAGUUUUUAGGAGAGGAAUAUAACCUCGGGAGAAAUGAAACUUUGGGGUUUUA